AUGCCCAUGCAAGAGGAACGCCUGGCCCAGGCUAUUCCAAUCAUAGGGAACCCAGAGUCGCGCACUGCUGUUUUCACCGGACAAGUCCCUCUAUAUGCCUCUAGGUACCGGGCGAGCCCCUCGCCGCCUGGCAUCCAGCCACCCCGCCCAAUAUUCAUGGAGCGUGCAAGCAGAGAGGACCGAAUCCGCCCAGAAAAAGAAAGGGAGCGUCAAGAAGAGGAAACGCGAUACGCGUUUGGACCUCCAGAGUCGGACGGAAGCGAAGUCGAUAUUCGUGCCCAUACCCGCGCCCGCCGGUCUCCCAGUCCUCCGAUCCGUGUCAGAGAAAGAACUCGCUCGUAUAGCAGAUCACCAUCGGCGCGGGUCAUCUACCCCGUCGCGUAUGAUGUUAUAGACUGGGAAAACUACGAAGACUUUAGCUUUGACUGCGAUAAGUCUGAGGCGUUGAAGAAUAGCGACUCAUUGAGUUUUGAUACCUCGUCCGCAGACCCAGACACCGCGCCGGUGGGCGCGAACCAAUUGACAGACGACGCAAAAGUCAAGCAAAUUUUUUACUCCCGCUACACAGGCGAUGCAGAGACGGGAGGGAAUCACACAGCGCAGCUCAUCGAGAUCCACAAUGGAAGUGGUGAACUCUUCAAGUGGCUGCAUAUUCAGCAGGAAGUGAUGAGCUUUGACGAAUUUUGGAAUGAAACCACCCGCCGAGUCCAUGUGUCAGACACUGAGAGGCGAGCCAUGAAUCGACUUCGUGCUGAUGUGACCCGACUCUGUAUCAAAACACGGUCCAAUCCGAAAGGUGUCAAUGUAGGAUACCUCGAGCCACAGUUUUUGCAGACCCCACUAGAGCAGGCCAAAAAGAAAACCGAACUGGAUCGAGAAGAGCCCAUAUCUACCAUGGUCCGAUGGUUUUGCAUGCCGUUCUUUAUACUGAAGCAGUAUUCUGGACUCUUGGCAGGCUCGAGUCUGGCUUCAUUUCCUUCUCAGACCUUGCUACAAUCCCAGUACUCUAGAACCACACAGCAGAGGGACAUGGGACAAGCAGUCUGCGAACUGGGAAUUGCAAACAAGGGAGAAUGCUUUCACAUCGAGCAGUUGUGGUGCUUGGUGGUUGGAGAUGGUGAGCGCUGCAUGCCGCGAUCGAAACUCGAGGGUGAUGUUAUCAAACUUACUUCUGAGCCAUCUCGUGGCCUAUCAGGCGCCGCAGCUCCAGGGCGAAUUCUCGUCAAGUACGGAAACUCCUUGACCUGGAACUUCAGCCCGGAACAGUGCCCUACGUGUCGCAAUGUAUCUGCUGCCUCUCGGGCUCUUCCGACGCCCGAGGAGCAGGCGGCCGCGGCGAAGGCAAGCACCAAUACAAGCGACACGCCGCUGCACACCUUGGCCCUCAUUAUACAGAGCAGCGAAAAGGGAGACAAGCCACCGGUUGCUUCUGAGCUGAAGCUGCAGCUCGAUGCUGCCGACAAAUUCUUGAUGGAACAGCCAGCCUACGCCACUCAAGCCGCUUAUACCGACUGUACAGACAUCUCGCAUGGCGCCGCGUUGGAGAAGCUGAAGUUGGAAGGUGCUGAAGUAGAGGGCGAGAAGAAUGAUAUCCGGAAGCGGGAGUAUGAGGACGGCAUCGAGUUGUUCAGCAUUGCAGAGUCUCUGUUCCAGGUAUUCCUCCCGCUGACCUGCGAUGGGCCCACGACAGGCAAGUUCUGGGGCGCUGUACUGGACUUGGCCUGCGGUACUAGAAGCGUACGAGGUAAGACGCCUGAAGUGGCGAUCUCUCGACGCAGAGUGCGUGAUUUACGGAUGAACCAGGAAGCUGUCCUGAGAUCGCUGCGUGUAAUGUAUCCCAAGCUGAGAGCUUUCCAAGCCAUCAUGUCGCAUGUGCCGAAUGAGUAUCGCCUUAAAUUAGAGGCGCCGCGUCAGUUUGUCACAGCCUGGCUGCACGUCAUCAGCGGCCUGGUUCUGUGUCGCGCUGGAGACAGCUCGUGGGAGUCCCACCUUUCCAUUGCCCAGAGAAGGCUCUUGAGCGACGGCAUGGAUAGGAUGAUCCAGGGUCUUCCCGCACAUGAUUUGCUUGACAGCGUCGUUUUGCAGCCUUUUGAGAUUGCUUCUCUGGCUGUGCUCAAGCUGAUGCAGGACCGCGCAUCACAACCGGAUGACAUCAAUGAGACGUACUCACAGUACCUGGCAUCUUUGGACAAUGAUAUUACUACAAAGCCUUCGGAUAGAUCAUACCAGCAUCGAAUUGAUCUUGUUAGACGAGAGCUCUCAGCCGUUCGAAGAACGGUCACUCGUCAGCGACAGAUUAUCGCCACUAUGAGGCAAACCAUGUAUCCAAAUGCAAUGACAGAUUUCUUUCGAGGUGGGGACGAGGAUGUGUAUAUGCAUCGGGGACGGUACGGCAACCAUCCUAGAGGCACACGCGAAUACUACACGGACGUCCGAAGAGAAGAGGACCCUGCCAGCUUUGAUUACACGUUGAAAGUUUCUCCUACGGACAAGAAUGGCUUUCGAGGCCUCCUUCUGACGGAAAACUCGAAACAGCUCGACCAGCGCGACUUUGAGUUUCGACGAUACGUGGAGUACGUCGAUGACCUGGAACGGACCAUUGCCUUUAAAAUGAACUGGACCAAGGAUCGACAGGAGAAUGCCGUGUACGCCUUCACCAUUGUGACGAUUAUUUUCCUGCCGCUGAGCGCGGUGGCGAGCAUCUUUGGCAUGAACACGUCCGACGUUCGCGACAUGGACUUUAGCCAGUGGCUGUUUUGGGUCGUGGCGCUGCCCGUCACCAUCCUGGUGAUUGUGGUUGGGCUCUGGUGGAUGAAUGAGCUGGGCAGCGUGAUGCGGUGGCUCACCGGGCAGCAGCCGAGUGCCGCCGCCGCGGGUAGCACGGGAUACGGAGGUGUGACGGCCGAGCAGGCCGAGUUUCGGUACUACUCGGAUGUGGAGGACGACAAGCCGCGGCGGUACAGCGCGAGACGGACCUUGACGGAGAGCCCGUUGGGAUACAACAGUAGGCGACGGGAAUUGCGACAACGGCGAGUGUGA